AUGUAUACAGAAUUAGGUGUCAACACUAAGGUAUUAUGCUGCGUUACUAUCGCUUAUGCUGCACCACAAUAUAAUUAUCAACAACCAGCUGCAGCUCCAGCUCCAGCUGCUUCAUUUGGUGGAUCUGUACAGAGUUUCGGUGCAGCUCCAGCUGCAGCCGCACCAGUUGCACACAGUGUAGCACCAGGUGUAGCACAUGGCGCUGCUGGUGGUCAUAGGCAAGCAGGUCCAGCCGUAUGGAAUAAACAAUACUUCAUUCAUGCAGCACCAGAGGAUGAUGGUUUAGAUGGAUCUGCCGCUAAUUUGGAUAAUUCUCAAUUUAAAAGAAACUUACGCGUUGUUAUUGUUAAAGCACCAGAAAACAAAGGUCUCACGGAAGCUGCCUUACAACUCGCCAAAUCAGCUAGUGAAGAUAAAACUGCCAUCUAUGUACUCAAUAAACAGACAGAUUUGGGUGAACUCCAAAAUCAACUUAGCCAAUUACAAGAUGCUGAAGGACAUAAACCAGAAGUUCACUUUGUUAAAUAUAGAACACAAGAAGAAGCUGAACAUGCGCAACACUCCAUCCAAAGUCAAUAUGAUCAACAGUAUCAAGGCCCAUCACAAGUCAGUAACGAAGGUGUUGCCCCAGUUGAAAAUUAUGUUGGAUCUGCAGGAGGAUCAAGUGGUGGAAGCUUCGGUGGAGCCGGUGGUUUUAGUGGUGCUGGUGGUUUUGGUAGCGCUGGUUUCGGCGGAGCUGGUGGUUCUGGUUUUGGUGGUGCUAGUCUUGGAGGUGCAGUGUCAUCUGGAGGCGCAGGUGGAUUUGAAGGUGCCGGAUCCCAACAAUCAUUCCCAUCCGUCAGCAACCAAUAUUUGCCAGCAGGACGCGUGAUUGUAUCACUUGUUAAUUUGAUACGUGCAUCACCACAAGGAUAUAAUUAUCAACAAGAUUUACAACAGCAACAAUAUCAUCAGCAAUCUCAGCAAUUAAUAAAUAAUUUAUUACCACAAACAACAUAUAAUCAACAACGUCAACAACAAUUAAAACAAUCAAUUCCACCAGCUCCAAUUAUAACCAAAGAUUAUUAUGUACAUUCAGCUCCAGAUGAUGCUGAUGAUGACAAUUCAUUAGGUGACAAUUCUGGCCCUACACCAGUUCAUAAACAUUAUCGUGUAAUUUUCAUCAAAGCACCAUCACAAAAUAAAUUGGCCGCUCAAGCCUUAAAAAUAGCACAAGCACAACAAGAAGAAAAAACUGUUAUAUAUGUUUUAAGUAAAAAAACUGAUUUAAUUGAUUUACAAAAUCAGUUAGUUAAACAGAAUGGUCAAUCACAAGUAUCAAAACCAGAAGUAUUCUUUAUAAAAUAUAAAACACAAGAAGAAGCACGUCAUGCGCAACAGCAAAUUCAAGCGCAAUAUGAUUCGUUAGGUGGAACAAGUUCAAUAACUGAUGAAGGUUUUGCACCAGUAACUUCUGUUAUCGGCUCAUUGGCAAAUAAACCUACUGCAUUUUCUUUACCAAAAUCAAAUUAUAAUGGAAAUAGCAAUAAUCAACCUGUUCAAUUGGAACGAUUACCGUUACCAGGUUCAACUUAUUUACCAUCUAACCGAUAUAGAUUUUUAAUAUAA